UGCUAAAUUUUUUAGGUGUUGAUUUUCGAUUUGCAUCAUACAUCGAUGACUACAUGGUGCUACAGAAGGCGCCUGCAGGGGCAGUGAUUUGGGGCUAUGGCAUACCUGGAGCCACAGUGACAGUGACUCUUUGUCAAGAGCAGGAAACCAUCAUGAAGAAAGUGACUCAUGUGAAAGCACACUCUGAUAGAUGGAUGGUGGUACUGGAUCCUAUGAAGCCUGGUGGACCUUAUGAAUUGGUGGCACAGCACAUUUUGGGGAGAAGGAACGUAACCCAGAGAGUUCAUGAUGUCUUAUUUGGAGAUGUUUGGCUUUGCAGUGGACAGAGUAACAUGCAGAUGACCGUUUCACAGAUACUUAAUGCUACAAGUGAGCUGUCCAGAGCCACUGCCUACCAGUCGGUCCGCCUCCUCUCGGUGUCGCUCAGCCAGGCCGGUCAGGAGCUGGAUGACCUCGCCGGCGCUGACUUGGAGUGGUCUAAGCCCACCCCAGAAAACUUAGGCCAUGGAAGUUUCGAGUACAUGUCAGCAGUGUGCUGGCUCUUUGGGCGUUACCUGUACGACACUCUGCAGUAUCCCAUUGGGCUGAUCUCCUCGUCAUGGGGUGGGACACCCAUUGAAGCCUGGUCAUCUGAAAGGUCACUGAAAGCCUGUGGGGCCCCUAAGCAAAGGUUCAUUUCAUCGGAUUCUGUAAGUGGUCCCAGGGCAUACUCUGUUCUCUGGAAUGCCAUGAUCCAUCCACUACAUAAUAUGACUCUGAAAGGUGUGAUAUGGUACCAGGGGGAGUCCAAUGUAGAUUUUAACAGGGACCUAUACAAUUGCACAUUCCCUGCACUCAUUGAGGACUGGCGCCAAACCUUCCAUCGUGGCUCUCAGGGGCAGACAGAGCGGCUCUUCCCAUUCGGAUUCGUCCAGUUGUCUUCAGUUUUGACUGAUGCAAACUCAGAUGAUGGAUUUUCCCAGAUCCGCUGGCAUCAAACAGCAGACUUUGGCUAUGUCCCCAACAAAAGGAUGCCCAACACUUUCAUGGCUGUAGCUAUGGAUCUCUGUGACAGGGACUCGCCUUUCGGCAGCAUCCACCCUCGAGAUAAACAGACUGUGGCCUACCGGUUGCACCUGGGGGCCCGUGCUGUGGCUUAUGGUGAGAAGACACUGACUUUUCAGGGACCACUGCCCGAGAAGAUAGAGCGCUUGGCCGACAAGGGGCUGCUCAGCAUCACAUAUUCCCAGCAGAUCCUGGUGCAGAGGCAGGAUGACAAGAUAUUUGAGAUCUCGUGUUGUUGUGAUGAUCAGUGCAAGUGGCUUCCAGCUCCCAUGAACACUUUCUCCACCCGGACCCUGGCCCUGAAUAUCAGUUCUUGUGAUGGUGCUCUGGUUGCUCUCCGCUAUGCCUGGACCACAUGGCCUUGUGAAUAUAAACAGUGUCCCCUGUACCACCCCAGCAGUACCCUGCCAGCUCCUCCCUUCACUGCUUUCAUUGAAAACCAGAUACCCAGAUAUCACAGCAAGGUUGCUAAAUGAUUUAGUUGCGGUAUGAUCAUAUUUUAAACAUAAUGACAAAAAAAAAAAGGGUAUAAUUUUGAUUCACAGCGAUGGCUACUGCUGUGUUGGCUG